AUGAAUCUGAAACUGUUACUGAUUUUAUUGCUUGCCUUGUGCGGCUCCUCGGUUUCAAUUUGCAUGAAGAAUAGUACGGAUAUGUUUGAGUACAAAGACAAAUUGUAUUAUUUUGAAACUUUCUACAAGGCUACAUGGUUCAAGGCAGCUUUGGCUUGCAGAAGAAUGGGUAUGGAAUUGGUGAGCUUUGACUCUGAUGAGGAGUUCGAUAAAGUUCAUGAGUUCGUCAAGAAGAAAAGUCAAUAUAAGUUUACUGAUCUGUCCAUCUUUACGUCGGGAGUAAUGAAGGAUAUAGGCCAAUUCCAUUGGAUUAAUACCGGAAAUCCGAUGAAUGUAUCGAGAUGGUGGUCGGGCACACCGGACAAUAAAGGUGGAAACGAGUUCUGCGUCAACAUUUGGUCUAAUAGUAAACAAUUUCUGCUGAACGAUGCCUCCUGCACAUGGUUAUC